GCACUUUUUCAAAUAACUUCUGAGUUUCAGCUAACAAUGUCUGGAAUAGAACAUCAAGUUGUGAACACUGAAAGUUGUGGAAAAAUUAACGUAUUCAUACAGGGUCCACGUAAUACAAAAGUUGCUUUCUUGACAGUUCAUGAUCUUGGAUGCAACCAUAAUGAAAUUAUUAAUUUUCUUGCACAUGAAUCCAUGGAACCGCUAGUUAAUCGAUGUACCUGGGUACAUGUAGAUGUUCCAGGACAAGGAGACGGUGAAUCGGAUUUACCUGCAGAUUAUACAUUUCCUUCAGUUCAACAACUUGCAGAAGGCAUGAGCGAAGUAUGCAAUGCACUUAGAUUACAGUAUGUUGUUGUUUUCGGUGAAGGAGCUGGAGCAAAUAUAUUAGUUAGACUGGUGAUGUUAAGAUAUGACAUAGUUUUGGGUGCUAUUUUAAUUCAUUGUACUGGGACAACUGCAGGGUUAUCUGAAAGUCUUCGAGAUAGAUUAAUUGGAUGGAAAUUAAAUACAGUUGGAAUGAAUCCAGCGGCUGAAUCAUAUUUAUUAAUGCAUCGUUUUGGUUCGGCUGCAGAUUCAGAAAACGAAAUAGAAGUACGAGAAGUCCUCAUAAAAUUUCGUCAAUCACUUAGAACAGCAAUUAACCCGAGAAAUUUAAACAAAUUUAUUAUGUCAUUUAUGUCACGUACAAAAAUCCUAGAACAUGUCGAUCAAAUAAGAUGUCCCGUUUUAUUUCUAACCGGUGCAUUAGCAUCACAUAAUCAUACAGUCUUUCGUCUAUAUAAUGCUGUUCUAUCCGCUGUACGCAAUGAUCCAAAUCUACAAGGCAAAGUUGAAUUGAUUCAACUAGAUAAUGUGGCAAAUGUAUUAAGUGAACAGCCUGAAAAAGUUGCCGAAUGUCUACAAUUUUUUAUCCAAGGAUUAGGUUUAGCUGGUGGCUUAGUUAGUCGACGAAUGAGUAGUACAAUACCUGUAGCUAGAAAUAGAUCAUUAUCAAUGGAAGAAUAUGAUCAGCCAAAAGGUGCAUCAAAUUGUAUAUUUCAUAAAAAUCGUAAAUAUAGUACAACUACUGGGAGAUUAAUACAAGAUGAAAGUCCAAUUAAUGAACAAGAAGAUCCAACUGAAGCUUAAUUAUUAUACUCAAAAUUAUAUAACUAUAUAUAAACGUAUAUAAUUAGAUCGUUCUACCUUACUAUUUCUGAAAAUAGAUUCUCUUUUUUUAAAAAAAAACAAGUAUCAUUAUACAUAUACAACAGUAAUAAUCAUGUAUCUUGAUUAUACAACGUUCUAAAGGGUUCAACACUACAAUUUCAAUGCACUCUCUUUUUUCUUUACUAAUAACUAGGCUUUUUGUUUCCUACUUAUUUAUUUCUAUCUGUCUAGUUUUACAAAAUCAUUCUUCAGUAAUAACAAUAAACAAUUUUGUUUAAUGAUUUUUGUACUGUUUUCCUUUUUCAAAAAAAAAAGAAAUAAUAAUAAUCUGUUUAGUAAACUUAUUAGUUAGGAAAAAUUUUCUUUUCUCUCCUCUUCUUUCUCUACUGUUACCACCACUACUACUACUACCACCACCACCACUACAAAUUGUUAUAUUGUCGAUUGAAUUACAAUCAACAACAACAACAAAAAGAAAAGAACAAGAGACCAUCUAUCAUGAAAAUAAAUCUUUAGUUGAUAAUUAUUACUAUUAUUAUUAUAAUCAUUUUGUAUUGUAUUUUUACUGUAGUUUUUGUAAUAAUCAUCUUAUACUUUGCAGCUACUAUUUACCGACUAUUCAAUUCAUUAUCACCUGCUUUUUCAUCCUUUAACUCAUUUCUCUUUUUGAAUGAUUUCUAUGGUUGCUUGUUUGUUUUUUAACAAUUUAAUCUGUUGUUUACGUUAAAAUCUAUUUGUAGAACAAUUAAUAAUAAUAAUGAUUAUUGCUACUUA